AUGUCAUUCUUUCAAUCUUUUCAAAAAUAUACCCCCUUGAGCCAGAAUCCAACCAGCGAUGGUGCCCCAUUGCCUCCUCCGGUAACACAACCGGGCUCUUCCCACUCCUUCAAAACUAGGCUCCAAAAGCUAAAUCCCUUCCGCAGUCAAUCAGUGUAUCUAGAAGAUGAUGACAACUACGUCACAUCUGAGCCAGGUAUGUUUGAAUUAUCCAGAUGGGACAGAAUGCUAGUGUUUGCAUUGUGUUUUGCCGGUGCACUUUGUUGUUGGCUUAUAUGUAUCUUUUUGUUCCCUGUCUUGAGUUUGAAACCAAGGAAGUUUGCUUUACUUUGGUCAUUGGGACUGAUCUUCUUCCUUAUCAGUUUUGGCGUCUUACAAGGAGCGCAGGCUUAUUUGUUGCAUUUGUUCUCAUCAACGAGAAUCAUUUUUACGAUUGUGUUUGGUGCAAGCAUAAUCUUGACGUUGAUCAGCAGUUUAAGCUUGAAGAGUACCUUGUUGUCAAUAAUAUUUGCUGCAAUUCAGUUGGUGGCUGCGUUAUGGUACACUGUGAGUUAUUUCCCCUUGGGCCGACAAACACUCAAUCUCGCAGGCGGUGUUGCUAGGGGCCAAGUGGAAAACUGGAUCAAUUCGUAA